AUAUAAAAAAUCUAUUUUAGACAACUUUUUUUUUAUAAAUAUAAGUCCGUUAAAGUAAAACUUUUUUUAUAGAUAGGUUAGGUUAGAUGAAGUCACGAGUAUGAUCGUAUUUAUUUUUUGGUUUAUUUAAUUCAUUAAUUAAUAUAAUAUUUUUUGAUAGAGAAAAACAGAAUUAGGUACAAAGGUUUUCUACAGUUGUUCCGUGAAAGUAAAGACAUUUCGUAUAAUAAUCUCGUUCAAGACGUUUUCAAAGUUUAAUUCAUCGAAAAACGGUAACAUUAAUAUCUUUAAUUAUCAAAAUAAUUUUGUGAAAAUAAUGAGUACGAAUAUAGUUGUCCUUGGUUCAUGUAUGAUAGACUUUACUUGCUAUGCAUCUCGCUUACCAAAACCUGGAGAGACAAUAUUUGGUAGCGAAUUUAAAAUAAAAUAUGGUGGGAAGGGUGCUAAUCAAUGUGUGAGUGCUGCUAAACUUGGUGCAACAACGACGCUUAUUGGAUCAUUGGGUAACGACAAUUAUGCAAAAACUUAUUUGGAUAUAUUGAAAAAGGAAAAUGUAGAUACUGCGUAUAUUCAAAUACAAAAGGAUAAACAAAGUGGAAUAGCUCAUAUUACAGUUGCUAGUAACGGAGAAAAUAGUAUAGUGGUCGUACCAGGAGCUAAUGACCUUUUAAGCGUUGAUCAAGUUAUAUAUUCUGCCGAUUUAAUUAAAAAUGCCACGGUGUUACUAUGUCAAUUUGAAUCACCAUUAGACGCUACUUUGCAAGCUUUACGAAUCCAUAAGGGCCAUGGGCUUUCAAUUGUGAAUGGUUCACCGGCCGUAGAGAAUAUCCAUCCAGAGAUUUUCGAAUUGUGCGACAUAUUUUGUAUUAACGAGACCGAGGCUGAAUUAAUAACAGGAGUACAACCACUGAUGUUAUCGAAUGCGCAAAAUGCAAUCGACAUUUUAUUUUCUAAAGGCUGUAAUAUGGUUAUACUUACUCUUGGAUCUUUAGGCGCCGUUUAUGCUUCUAAAGAGAACAGAAAGAUAACUCAAAUCUCAACAACAAAAGUCGAUCCUAUUGAUACUACUGGAGCAGGAGACGCAUUUCUGGGUAGUCUAAGCUACUUUAAAGCGUAUCAUCCUCAUUUGUCGACGAAGGAAUGCAUUAGCAGAGCUUGCAAGAUCGCUACAGAGACGGUAUUAAAAAUUGAACCGAACCGAAGCAAGGUUCGACGAGCGCAUCGACUCGUACGAGAGGCAUUUUCUUUCUCUCUCAUUCACUCUUCUCUCUCUCUCUCUCUCUCUUUCUCUCUAUUUCUUUCUCUCUUUUCUCUCCCUCUCUCUCUCUCUCUCUCUCUUUCUGGACCCAUUGGCGAGGGGGAUCUCUACGUAUUUCGAAGACUAUCAAUCAUUGGUAACCUGUAAAGGAUCUAAUUAUCCUGGAGCUGACUGGGCUCUCCGUUCGGUGCACCCGCCACCGCUCGUCUUGUCCACCCUUUCCAACCCCCUCUGGCCCUUCCUGGUGGUGGUGCCGGCGUCAGCCCACCCUCCUCCCGAUCUCUUCCGCUACCAAAACCCUCUUUUUCGCUCUAACAGCCACCCUUUUCCGCGAGAGAUGGGUGGAAGGAAAAAGAGUGAGUGAGAGGGAGAGGGAGAGGGAGAGGGAGAGAGAGAGAGAGAGAGAGAGAGAAAGAGAGAGAGAGAAAGAGAGAGUGCUCGGUCGUUGGAAGGGACGAAGAGGAAGACUAGGACGAGGAAGAGGAUGAGGAGGAUGAGGAGGAUGAAGAAGAGGAGGAAGAGGAGAUCGGUGUGUAAAGCGGGUACAAGCGUGUGUACGUGUAAGCGUGUUCGAGCGCGCGUUCGUUUGUAUGUGUAUAUUUGUAUGUCUCUCUUUCUCUCUCUCUCUCUCUCUUUCUCUUUCUCUGUAUAUAUAUGUAUGUAUGUGUAUGUGUGUGUAUGUGUGUAUGCGUAAGAGCUCAAAGAGUGCUCCCGCCUCGACAGAGGCUGCUGGUGUCGGUGAGCCGGUACUUUUUUUCGUACGCGCUGUUGUACGUCCGUGUGGGCGCGCACGAGCCCAGGUGUAUAAUAGUGGAGAGCGAGAGCGAGGGCGAGAGAGAAGAGAGAGAGAGAGAGAGAGAGAGAGAGAGAAAAAGAGAAAGAGAGAGAAAAAGAGAGCGAAAGAGACAGACAGACGGAGUAAGGGAGAGGAACGAGAGAGGAAAAAAGAAAGAGAUAGGUUGGGUAGUUGGUUAGGUGGCCCGGUCGAUAUAUCAGGGCUCCGCUGCUGCAGCUGUCUGUCAGGCUCGCGAACUCGGCGCUAGACGACGAGCUCGGGGUCUAGAGAAAAAAGCGCUUUGCUCUCUCUUUCUCUUUCUCUCUCUCUUUCUCUCUUUUUCUCUCUUUCGCUCUUUCUCUUUUUCUCUCUUUCUCUCUUUCUCUCUCUCUCUCUCUCUCUCUCUCUCUCUCUCUCUCUCUUUUUCGCUUUCUCCCUUCCAUGCGCUCCUUCCUGCUUCUCUCUCUCUUUCUCCCUCCCACCCCUGCUUCCGUGGGGUAAUUUUUCAUCGUUGCAGCGGACGACAGAAGCGCCGCGACGGCGGAGGCGGCGUUCUCGCGCGUCUAUACGCGCGUGUACGUGUGUUUAUAUAUGUGUGUAAGUACGUAGCUCCAUAUUUUUUUUUCUCCCUCUUUCUAUUUCUCUCUUUCUCUCUCUCUCUCUCUCUUUCUUUUUUUUUCUCUUUCUUUUUCUCUCUUUCUCUCUCUUUCUUUUUCUCUCUCUCUCUCUCUCUCUCUCUCUUUCUCUUUCUUUUUCUCUCUUUCUCUUUCUCUUUCUAUGCGCGCGCGUGCACAAUUUGACACGCGCGCAAAUAGUUUGUGUGUUCAUGCGCGUGCACUUGUGUGUACACGCUCGUAAAGGACAUCCGCGAAAGAUACGCUUCGGGCGAGGGGUGUGUCGAGUCGAGUAACCGAUGCACAGAUACGAAAAACUUGUCGCAUAACCUUGCGAAAGUUAAAAAAUUUCCUUAUCAAACGUAUUACACCCCAUUUUCUACUCCGUGUAGA